CAUCGUCUCCGCAAUGCGUCUGUCCAUCUCCUGCGACAGCUGUCGCCGGUCGAAAGUAAAAUGCGUGCACGACGGCCAACCCCCGUGUCGCCGAUGUCACCGCCUCAACCGCGACGAUACCUGCGUGCUCACCGACCCACGCUCCCCCGCGGCGAUACGUACGCCUCGCAGUCGCCAAUCCACCACUCCAUAUUCCAGUAGCACGCUGCGUCGCGCAAGCAGAGCGACCGAUGUCGCGCCAGAGCUUAGCAGUCCUGUCAUGCCCCGUACACCAGCCACGCCCAUCGCAACCCUCUCGACCGCCACCCUGAUCAACGCCUGCGAUAUCUACCGCAAGCGCUUCCCCGUCGUGAACUUCCUGCACUACCCCUCCCUGAUUGCCGACCUGUCCAACGAUCUCGCGUCCGUGGACCCAGUCUUCCUGGCCUCGCUCCUCUCACUAUGCGUGCGGUUCAUGAGCGACGAUGACCUCGCCCCCGAGGAGACGUACGCUACCUACGCGCGGACUCAGCUGGCCCAUCGCGCCUUCGAAGCGCCCUCGCUCUACCUUGCGCAAUCCCUGGUCAUGCUCUCACUGUACGAAUGGGGAUCGGGCCAUCCCUACCGUGCGUGGAUGUACAGCGGAAUGGCAACCUACAUGCUGCAAACCCUCCUGAAAACCGCCGACGACAGCAUGGAACACAAUCCGGAGGACUUCCACGCGGCCCCGCAGACCCAAAUCGCCUACGAGCAGCUUGUCCGCACAUAUUGGUGCUGCUUCGCACAGGACUGCGAGCUCAGCUCCGGCGCGCGGCAGCACAUCGCCCUCUCGUUCCGACAGAUCCUGGUGCCCCUUCCCAUCAGCGACCAAGACUUCACAUUCGGACGGGUGUGUCCGACCCGGCUGAUGCCGAGGGACAUGACGCAGGGGUCCUCGUCGCGAGUGAAGGGGUUGCUGACGAUCGACCGCGGUUUGAGCAUCGUGACCCGCGGGUUCGACAUCUUCGUGCGGAUCCUGCGGUUCGCGAACGAGAACCGCCGCGGGCGGGCCGGGGGUGAUUCCGCGGGGAUGUGGACAACCCUCAAGGGGGAGCUGGACGAGUGGCGCGAGUUGCAGGACGUCACGGUGCGGUUCCCCCAGACGAGCGCCCAGGCCCACGUCGCGCUGGGAUAUGGGGAGUUGUUCGCGUACAUCAACCUAGUGUAUUUUAUGAGUCGUCUCUUCCUCUACCGCGACGCCUUCCUCUCCACCCACCCGCCAGCCUCAGCCUCCGCCCCAGCCCCAACCGCCAGCGCCACAACCACAGCUUUACAAACCGAAACAGACCCCGACAAAGCCCUCGGCCACCUCUUCACCGCCGCCCAGCACAUCGGCAGCAUCAUCGCCGCCCUUGACGCCUCCGGCACCCCCGUCAUCACCUCCUACGCCGGCUACAGCGUCUUCGUCGCCGCCCACAUCAACAUGUACGGCUCCGUCGUCCCCGCCCGGUACCCCGGCGGCCGCGCGCGCGCCGAGCACGAGAAGAAGCGCAACUUUGAUUACCUCGAGAGGUUGUGUCGGUAUUGGGUUGUCGGGCAUAGUUGGUGGCGCACCCUCCAAGAAGCGAACCGAUUCUAUUCCACUGCCAAGCUGCCGGGGAGUCUUUCGGGGACGAAUGCGGCGUCCGCGGCGGAACGGAGUAUGGAGAGGCCGGAUCAUCUUACCCUGGCGGGGACGUUGGACGAGUAUGGGGAUAUUCGGGUCGAGAGGCCGGAGAUCUCCGCUGCUCGGUCGAGGAGUGGGGAGGGCGAUGCUCGGGUCGAGGUUGACUCCGGUGGUAGUGGUAGUGGUAGUAGGGCUGCGCGGGGAAGUGGAGGUGUGGCUGCUGGGGGAAUUGUCUCGCAGUUGCCGACUACGGCUGGGGCCGGCAGCACUGGCAUGGCUACUGCGGAUUAUGUUGAGCAGCAGCUGGGGUCGGAGAUGGUGCAGUGGCCGUUCUUGGACGAGAACUGGUCGUUGGGGUUCGAUCUGGGGUUCGAUGCUGCUUGGCCUGGGUUAGGGUGAUGACAUCGCAUUCUGCAUCGGUAACCCGGGAUCUGGGGGUAAUGGUACGAGUAGUGUUUACGAUUCCCAGAGACAAGCAGGAUGAUAGUCGUGUAUUGGGAUUCAUUCAUAAUCAGAUAAAAUAAGCAAACGGUAAU